AUGACCAAAAGCAACACACUUUACAUUUUUAUCGCUGUGAGAUCUGCCUUUUCUUCACAAAUCAUCAUUGGGAUCACAGCCAAUGCCUUCCUGCUUCUCUCCCACAUCCUCACCUUCCUUUCCCAGCACAGGUCCAAGCCCAUUCAUCUGACCAUCGCUCACCUGGCCCUCAUUUAUCUCCUGAUGCUCACAAUCAGGGCAUUCCUGGAUAUAGACAUUUUGGGAGUUCAGGACAUUUUGGAUGAGAGCACAUGUAAAGCAGUUGUCUACUUGUACAGGUUGAUGAGGAGCUUGUCUCUGUAUACCACAUGCCAGCUGAGUGUCCUUCAUGCCAUCACCCUGAGCCCCAGAAACUCCUUUUGGACAAAGUUGAAACCCACAUCUCCACCUCAGAGUCUGUGUUGCUUUCUCAUUCUCUGGGUUGUCAACAUGUUCAUUAAUGUUCAGGUUUUCGUCUCCAGGGGAGGCCCCACCAAUGAGACAUCAGUCUUUUGGUUUGCCUCUGAAUCCUGCAGUGUUUCCCCCACAGGUGUUCACUUCAGGACCUUAUUUGCCCUGAUAGGAAGUUUACGGGAUACCUUUUCUAUAGGGCUCAUGGCCCUCUCGAGUGGGUACACAGUGACUCUCCUAUUCAGGCACAAGAAGCAGUGCCAGCACCUUCACAGCACCAGCAUGUCUUCAAGGGCAUCCCCAGAGCUGAGGGCCUCCAGGACCAUCCUGCUGCUCAUGGGUUUCUUUGUGGUCAUGUACUUCAUGGACUACAUUACAUCCUCCUUUUCAGGAAAGAUGCAGAAGAAGGAUCCAGCUCAACUAGUGUUCCAGAUGUUGACGGGCAAUGGCUAUGCCACCAUCAGUCCUUUCAGGCUAAUCAUAAAUGAAAAACAAAUACUCAAGUUCUUCCAACUCACAUUGGGGAAGGAGAGAAAAUGUUUAUGCAGUGCCUGA